CUUCUGGGGCGCGGCAUGAACCGGAAAUGUUCGUUGUGGACACCUAAUUACAGAAUUGUUUUGUUGUUGGUGUCGGGGGGUGUCUCGGGUCCUUUGAGCAGUGGCAGUUCUACGCUGAUCAGCACACGAGUUGUGGGUUACUGCUAUGAUGAGUAGUUCAAAGUAACAAGCUAAGCAAUCAUUUAUGUAGAUGACCACAGAAUUCUGCUGUACAGAUUUUACUAUAGAAGAAAAUUUCAACGUGUCUGAAUGACUGAAUUGUCAGCAUCUUUAACUCAGGUCCAGCAAGGACAAGUACAAGAAGACUUUGUUGAAAGCCACGCUUCAAACAUGAAUGAUGGCCAUGAAAGGCGAAAUAAUGAACGCAGUGAAUCUCAAAGCAAUGGACAGACCCAAAGCAGCUCCCAACAAGUGCUGGAACAGGAUGAGGAAGAAGAUGAGGAGCUUACAUUAAAAUAUGGUGCCAAGCAUGUCAUCAUGCUGUUUGUGCCAGUUACCCUCUGCAUGGUUGUGGUUGUGGCAACAAUUAAGUCUGUCAGCUUUUACACACGGAAGGAUGGACAGCUAAUUUACACUCCAUUCACAGAAGAUACUGAAACUGUGGGACAGAGGGCUCUCAACUCCAUUCUUAAUGCUGCAAUCAUGAUCAGUGUAAUCAUUGUCAUGACCAUUCUCCUAGUGGUACUCUACAAGUAUAGGUGUUAUAAGGUCAUUCACGGCUGGCUCAUCAUUUCCUCACUGUUGUUGCUUUUUUUCUUCUCUUUCAUCUACCUGGGUGAAGUGUUUAAGACGUACAACGUUGCCAUGGAUUACAUUACACUGGCCUUGAUGAUCUGGAAUUUUGGAGUGGUUGGCAUGAUCUGCAUUCACUGGAAAGGACCCCUUCUUCUACAGCAGGCCUAUCUCAUUAUGAUCAGUGCGCUCAUGGCUUUAGUGUUUAUUAAAUAUCUUCCGGAAUGGACAGCUUGGCUCAUCCUGGCAGUAAUAUCGGUUUAUGAUCUUGUAGCUGUUUUGUGUCCGAAGGGGCCUCUUCGUAUGCUGGUGGAAACUGCCCAGGAGAGAAAUGAAACCCUCUUCCCAGCCUUAAUCUAUUCCUCUACAAUGAUCUGGUUAGUGAAGAUGGCUGAUGGGGAUCCUGGAUUCAUACAAAGUGUUUCAAAGAAGCCAACAUACAACAUGCAAGUGCCUGCAGUCCAGGAAGGCAGUGAUGCUGCUACAUCUGAUGAUAAUGGGGGCUUUGAUUCUCAGUGGGAGGAGCACAUGGAUGCAAGAAUUGGACCAAUUGGUUCCACCGCAGAAACUCGAGCAGUUGUCCAAGCCCUCCCAAGUAAUGCACCUCCAAGUGAAGACCCUGAAGAACGUGGAGUGAAACUGGGACUAGGCGACUUUAUAUUCUACAGUGUCCUUGUUGGGAAGGCUUCAGCCACAGCUAGUGGAGACUGGAACACAACAUUGGCUUGCUUUGUUGCCAUUCUAAUUGGUCUGUGCCUUACUCUUUUACUCCUUGCCAUUUUCAAGAAGGCUUUACCUGCCCUGCCCAUCUCAAUAACAUUUGGUCUUGUAUUUUACUUUGCCACAGACAAUUUAGUACAGCCCUUUAUGGACCAGUUAGCAUUCCACCAGUUUUAUAUUUAACUUUUGGACACUUGUUUUCCUGGGACUCCUCCCCCCCCCCUUCUUCAAAGUGACUGCAUAUGUGAACAGCUAACAGAAAAGCGCAUCUAAUUCUUGAUUUUUAUCCCUGAAAUCUGAGGGAAAGUGUUUGAUUGCCCUCUUUCUAGUACUAAGCAGGUACGGUUGUUGUGUUUUUUUUUUUUUUUUUUUUUUUUUUUUUUUAUCCCAUUAUCAAGAAAGGAGUCCCAGACAUCUGAAAUUUUCAUUGUGGUGGCAUUUUUGUACCUGCAAUGUGUUGCCUCAUGAAAAGUGUACAUGGUGAGAAAAGGGAGUUCAAUCAUAAUCUUCACCUACUGAAUGUGCCACUUCUUAAAAAAAAAACA